CAAGAAGAACCCCCCAUCCCGCUUAGGAUAUUUCUCUUUUCUCUAACCCACCAAAGCCAAACGCAGCUUUAAUUUCCUUUCCCUUUGUUGCGAAGCGCCAGAGAAGGAUGGCAUAGGAAGAAACGGUGAUGGAGUGCACAUGAGUGCUAACAUGCGCGCCAACCAAUCAUCAUCUCGUCAACAUCACAUUACUACGACUAUUCUCCCUCCUUCGCCUUUUACUACUGUGCAACCCUGUUCCCUUCCAUGCGCCGGUUGCGCAUCCUCCCUACCCUGCGCAUCGUAACUAACUAAAACCGCCAUCACUAUCUCUCCGAGCACAAAUCAAUCAUCACAAAUUCGAGAUCUCUUCUUUUCAGAUUCGGAGCGCCCCGCUAUGUCGAAGGCGCGCGUCUACACUGAUAUAAAUGUUCUUCGCCCCAAAGAGUACUGGGAUUAUGAGUCUCUCAACGUUCAAUGGGGUGAUCAAGAUGAUUAUGAGGUUGUGCGGAAAGUGGGAAGGGGGAAAUAUAGCGAGGUUUUUGAAGGCAUAAAUGUUAAUAGCAAUGAGCGCUGUAUAAUCAAGAUUCUCAAGCCUGUCAAGAAAAAAAAGAUUAAAAGGGAGAUUAAAAUACUUCAGAACCUCUGUGGAGGCCCUAAUAUUGUCAAACUUCUUGAUAUUGUCAGAGAUCAACAUUCGAAAACUCCUAGCUUGAUAUUUGAGUAUGUCAACAGUACAGAUUUUAAAGUUUUGUAUCCAACCUUGACUGAUUAUGACAUACGCUAUUACAUAUAUGAGCUCCUCAAGGCAUUGGAUUACUGCCACUCUCAAGGCAUAAUGCAUAGAGAUGUCAAGCCUCAUAAUGUUAUGAUUGAUCAUGAAUUAAGAAAACUUCGCUUAAUAGAUUGGGGUCUUGCUGAAUUUUAUCAUCCUGGAAAGGAAUAUAAUGUUCGUGUGGCUUCAAGAUACUUCAAGGGGCCUGAACUUCUAGUUGAUUUGCAAGACUAUGACUAUUCAUUAGAUAUGUGGAGCCUUGGCUGCAUGUUUGCUGGAAUGAUAUUUCGCAAGGAGCCUUUCUUCUAUGGUCAUGACAACCAUGAUCAGCUUGUCAAAAUAGCUAAGGUGCUUGGGACUGAUGAACUGAACGCGUAUCUGAAUAAGUAUCAUCUAGAGCUUGAUCCUCAACUUGAUGCUCUUGUUGGAAGACACAGUCGCAAACCAUGGUCUAAGUUUAUCAAUGCAGAUAAUCAGCAUCUUGUGUCUCCAGAGGCAAUUGAUUUUCUUGAUAAGCUCCUUCGGUAUGAUCACCAAGACAGGCUAACAGCCAGAGAAGCAAUGGCACAUCCAUAUUUCUCUCAAGUUAGGGCUGCAGAAAGUAGCAGAAUGAGGACACAGUAAAUCAUUUGUGUAUCCAUAAACCCGACUCUAUAUAAUUCGGGAUUGUUUUAAAGUACCCCCAAUUGAACCUUGAUUAUAUUCUGUUUAUCAUAGUUAAUUUUCUUGUGGAGUGAAACUAGUAUGUUUCGGUUGAAGAAUAAUGUUAUAUCUUGAAACUUGAGGUUGUGCCCGUUAAGUUGUGAUUA